AAACCGAUGAGGACGAAUAAAGUAACAAAGUUCAGGUUCAGGCUUGGGAGAUCGAGUAAUAGCCGGGGAAAAGACCAGCUCGAAGCUGGUCUAUUAUGAUAUUGUGCAGGAGUAUUUAUACUAGUAGGAAAUACAGGAGUAACAUAGACUAUAUCUACGAUUGAGACGGAUACUGGGACUAUAUCUACGAUUGAGACGGAUACUGGGAUAGUAGAAAUGGGGAGGAAAGAACGGAAGCUGGAGCUACGUGCGGUUAAGCCAGAAAGGAGGGUCGGCGUUCGGCGUUGUAUACCGAAGGUUCGGAAAGGCGAUUUGAGGAAGAUUCAUGACAGGUCCUGUCUAAAUUUCGUGUAUGCAUCCAACAGCAAGACUGGAUUAGCUAAGUCUAUAAUGGAAGGAACGACUAUCUUCCUUCCUUGAGGUUUGUUAAGGAGACUAGGAGUAGCUCUCAGGCCAACGUCCAUCAGUUGCAGUAUCAUCUCAGUUCCGUCAGAGCGCUAACCGAGUGUUGGCCUCCUGCCCGCAGUCUGCUGUAUGACCAGCUCUCAGGUCCAUCCUUGAUGAAGCGCAACGCAAUCCAUAGGACGCUCGCUAAGCCUGGCUCGUGUUGUGACGGCCAUACCACCUGCUCACCUGGAUGGCCAAAGAGUGUCUCCGAUGUGCACGCGUGCAAUGAUUCUGAUCAUCCACUCCCUCCCGAACAGCUGCAGGCUUCGUGCAGGGUAAAAAAUGAAUUUCAUACUCCAUUCAAGUAUGAGAAGCUGAGAUGUCUCCUUGUGGCAAACCGUAAAUUCGCUGUCGCCAGGACGCCGGGAAAUACGGCAGCCGAUUAUACUCUCGACAAAAAAACUAGCAGCAUACUGUCUCACGUAUUCUCACUCCGCGUGCUCAUUCUAGGAUUGACGGCCUAUGAUCAGGCUCUUCAGCCAAAAUGUUCCCUCGACAUAGUCAAUUAUCUUGACUGAAAGCUCCCCGAGAUCGCUGAAGUGAACACGGUUGAGGUCUGUUUUGCAGCGGAUG